UUCGUGAAAACUCGGCCCGUUUAUACCUCUGCAUUCUUAAAUCACGAGGCGCGAUUGCUACUGUGAAUCACCUCGUGGGAAUGGAGAACCCUAAUGUUUUGAAGGAGUGGUUUCAUCACGUAGAUUCCAACAAUGCGGGAAGCAUCAACGCUUCUCAGCUUAAGAAUGCUCUUGCCGUUGGGAACCUAAACUUCCCUCUAACUGUAGUUCAGCAAAUGAUCAGAAUGUAUGAUUUUGAUAAGAACGGCACCAUGGACUUUGAAGAAUUUGUCGCCCUUAACAAGUUUCUACUAAAGGUUCAAAAUGCCUUCUCACAGCUAGACAGGGGUAAUGGAUUUCUUACGCCAGAGGAUGUCCAUCAGGCUCUAGUAAAACUUGGUUUCUCGCUUGACUCUCCUGCCUUUUUCACCGUCUGUGAGAGCUUUGAUCAAAACAAGAUGGGGAUGGUUCGAUUGGAUGCUUUCAUAUCACUAUGUAUAUUUGUGCAGUCAGCACGAAAUCUUUUUAAUUCCUUCGACGCAACUAAGCAGGGAAGAGUGACUUUGGACUUCAACCAAUUCGUUUAUUGCACUGCUAAUUGUAGGAUAUAGAGCUUGCGCUUCCCUCAAGAUCCGUCGCAAAUCUGUAAUUUCCUCAGGUCGGACUCUCUUGCCAGUUCUCUUUUUUAUUUUUUUUUUCCCUCUAGCAUGUGGAGAAUAUUUGUUGGAAGUUUUGAGGGAAAAAUGUGAAUGUUAUUUCAUCAUGUCUGUAUAAAACCUUCUAACUCACUUAUGAUGCUCUCAAUCUGGUGUCGGCCCAUCCUUAGUUCGCCUUUGCUUGAUGUGUAAGAGCAUGCGCUCAUGGGAGUUGUGAGACGUGCAUUUAUACAAGGUAUUGUACCAAUUGUAAUAAAGUUUUUUGUUUGAUUUUAUAUUUUCUUGUUAUGGCGAUAAAGAGUGGAAAUAAGAAAUAGAAUUCUGAACCAGUCAUGGUUUUCUUUCCU